GCGGCUGUUUUCAUACUAGGUGGUUAUAAGGCAAUGCCCUUCUGCAGGAGUGUUGCAUGGCUUCCAACUUAGUUGUGCUUGUUUUUUUGGUCCUGAUCAUUGCUUUGAGCGCAUUUCUCAAAGCUGAUGGAAAGCUUUCCCCAAAACACUACUCGUGCGAAUGCCCCAAAGCGUCAUCUAUUGUUGAGGCAGAAGUUAGAGCAGCCAUACAACGUGAAAAACGUAUUGGGGCUUCUUUACUCCGCUUGCAUUUCCACGAUUGCUUUGUAAAUGGCUGUGACGCAUCAGUACUGUUGGAUGAUGAUAUUGCGGGCAGCUUUGUAGGAGAGAAGACAGCAGGACCCAACAAUAACUCGCUUAGAGGAUUCAAUGUAGUUGAUGACAUUAAAGCCAAGUUAGAGAAGGCAUGCCCCGGAGUGGUGUCCUGUGCUGAUAUUCUUGCUUUGGCUGCUCGAGACUCCGUUGUUUAUUUAGGUGGUCCUUCUUGGAAAGUUGGGCUGGGAAGAAGAGAUUCGCUCACUGCUAACAUUACUGCCGCCAACACGUUUAUCCCUUCACCCACUUCCAACCUAACCGCUCUGGUAUCGAGCUUCGCUGUACAGGGACUCUCAUUUAAGGACAUGGUAGCUCUUUCAGGUUCACACACCAUUGGGCGGGCUAGAUGCACAUCAUUCAGUACACGCAUAUACAAUGAGUCCAGUAUUGAUUCCUCCUUCGCCAAGGCACUGCAGCGCAAGUGCCCGUUAAGCGGCAUUAAUGACAACGAGGUUGCGCCCCUUGACAUCCGAACCUCGACCCAUUUUGAUAUUCAGUAUUACAAGAAUUUGUUGAAUAAAAAGGGUCUUCUUCAUUCAGAUCAGGAGCUCUAUAAUGGCACUUCCGCUGAUUCUCGGGUUAAAAAAUAUGCUGCCGACACUACUCGAUUUUUCAAGGACUUCGCCCGUGCUAUGGUCAAAAUGGGCAAAAUCAAGCCUCUCACGGGAAGCAAAGGAGAGAUAAGAAUCAAUUGUAGAAAACCCAAUUAGAAACUGUACGUUUGCCUAUAAAUUAUGCAUGUAAAAUAACCACCCUUUUCGGUCUGUCCAAAAUUCAUUAUGUGCAAUACUGCAAUCUAUCUUCCAUCUUGACAGAUGGCUAUGUUUAUCAAUAAAACUCCUAGUUUAUGCUA